UGCUCUAGUUGCUUCUUUGAAUUGAUUGGAACGUCAGGGGUGGGACGGUGGGUGCAGCACCCUUUGCGCUCUACCGUGCAUACAGGUAAAGCUGCCGUAGCAUGCUUUGGUCUUCUGUCUUCUCGCAUCGUCCUCGAAGGUCGUCGCAAAGCUACGUGGUAGCUGGCUCAGUGGCUGUCAUCACACCGCUCAGGGCACAGUGUUUGCGACGGCUCCACUCGCAUGCAACCAAACACAGCAAUCCUAUCUUCUCUGUCUCCACGCACGGUCACAGUACGCCUAUGGAAAGGGAGAAGGCCAGACCACACACAAUCCAAACCAGUGAUCCUCCUGCCUCAGCAAUCAGCAGCAGGGUCAUGCUUAUCUGAACAUUCAGAAUUCUAGAUGCGCACGUAUGCGCUCAAUUUCUGCACACCGUCCCUAUGGUGGUGGCUACGCAAGCUCUGCUCGUGAAAUCUGUGCCGGCGGCCGGGGCGUCGACCCGCAGCUAAAACGUGUGGAGGGCUCGUGAACCGGGACACAGGUGGUUGCUGGGCACACACACAGAUACAGCAUUCAAGUUACGAGUACCAGAGGAGGGUAGCAUGCAGUUGCAACGGCGAGACAGCAACAGAGCAUGUACGAGCUCGGCACGACCGUCGUUGGCCGGGACACAGGGCGCCCUCCCGGUGAUCGUGGAUAGGAUGCCAGCCAUUAACCCCCCGGCCGGCAUCGUGUCAGCGGCUGCUCCACACCAAGCCACGCCCAUGACCCAUCUGCUCCAUUUAUAUAGCUCAGCCAGGGCUCGAGCGAGGCCGGCAUGCUCAUCAGGUCAAGCAGUGCCGCACUGGUAGUGGUAGCUCACCGACAACAAAUCUGCAGCAGCCUGCCUGCGUCGGUGCACAGUGCAAAUUUACUCCGCUGCCUGCCUCCUCCCUUCUUCAUUCUUCUUCUUCAUCAUCAUCUACUUCUUCUCCCGCUAGUCGCGAUGCGCGCGGAGGUGCUGCUGCUCGCCGUGCUCAUCGCGGCCGCGGCCCUCCUGUCGUCGCUCGACUCGCGCAGCGACGUGCGGCUGCUGGAGGUAGGGGACGGCGACCUCGAGCUGGUCCCGCUCGACGGCGCCGCGGGGCCGGAGAGCAUCAUCUUCGACAAGAGCGGCGAGGGGCCGUUCACGGGCGUGUCGGACGGGAGAGUCCUCAGGUGGCGGGCGGCGGAGCGGCGGUGGGAGGAGCACUCCUGCUCGGCGCCGGAGCUGCUGGACAGCUGCAGAGGCUCGCAGGACCCGGGCCGGGAGCACGAGUGCGGGCGUCCACUGGGCCUCAAGUUCAACAGCGAGACGGGGGAGCUGUACGUCGCGGACGCCUACCGUGGGCUCAGAGUGGUUGGGCCGGAGGAUAACGUGUCCAGGCCGCUGGUCCCGCCGGAGUGGCAAGGGAGCCGCCCGUUCAGCUUCGCCAACGGCGUCGAGAUCGACUACGAAACCGGAGCCAUCUACUUCACCGAGACCAGCACAAGGUUUCGGAGAAGGGAGUUUUUGAACAUUGUUAUAACCGGUGACAGUACCGGCAGAUUGUUGAAAUAUGACCCGAAGAGCAAUGAAGUGGAAGUCUUGGUUGAUGGUCUAUCUUUCGCUAAUGGCCUAGCCAUGAGCACGGAUGGCACUUACUUGCUCCUUGCAGAAACCACAACGGGUAAAAUUCUAAGGUACUGGAUCAAGACACCAAAAGCUUCAACACUAGAAGAAGUUGCCCAGCUAUCCUGGUUUCCGGAUAACAUCAAGAUGAGCCCUAGAGGAGGGUUCUGGGUUGGCCUCCAUGCGAAGAGAGGGAAGAUCGCCGAGUGGUCGAUUUCUUACCCUUGGCUAAGGCGGCUGAUACUGAAGUUGCCGAUGCGGCACGUCCAACGUGCCUCCUGGCUCUUGAAUCGGCUUGGCCGUCAGGUUAUAGCGCUAAGGUUGAAUGAGGAUGGGAAAACAGUGGAGGCAAUCAGCGUUCAUGGUGCUAUUCAAAAGAUUUUCAGGUCGGUCAGCGAGGUAGAAGAAAGGGAUGGGAGCCUGUGGAUAGGCUCUGUUAUGGCCCCAUUUCUUGGAGUGUGCAGGUUGUAGAAGUAUUCAAAUGAUAGGAUUGGAUACGCAUUUGCAUAUAUGGUAGUCGUUUGAUACGGAAAAUAGCAUUAUGCGCGUGCAUAUGGUUACCAUGAUUGGUUUUCAUGCUAGUAGCCAUAAUCAUAUUGAUAUGAUAGGUAGAGAGACUUGUCAACUGUCAGGUUUGGACUCGAAAAAACUCAAAACAUACUUGUCAGGC